UCUGUCGCUCACAGGCUUCCACCGGCUGAGGGGUUGGUUUAAAGGCGCGCCUCCAAGGCGAAAGGAAGGCAGUCCCACUGAAGCGCGGAGCAGCGAGCCGGUUCAUCUAUACCACCAUGCCUGGAUCUCUUCCUGUGAAUGCUGAAGCCUGUUGGCCAAAAGAUGUGGGAAUAGUUGCUUUGGAGAUCUAUUUUCCUUCCCAGUAUGUUGAUCAGGCAGAGUUAGAGAAAUUUGAUGGGGUCGAUGCAGGAAAGUACACCAUUGGCUUGGGCCAGUCCAGGAUGGGCUUCUGCUCAGACAGGGAGGAUAUCAACUCUCUCUGCCUCACUGUAGUCCAGAAGCUUAUGGAGAGGAACAGUCUCUCUUAUAACUGCAUUGGGAGACUCGAAGUUGGAACAGAGACAAUCAUCGACAAAUCCAAAUCUGUAAAGACUGUUCUGAUGCAGCUCUUUGAAGAAUCUGGUAACACAGAUGUGGAAGGCAUUGAUACAACCAAUGCCUGCUAUGGAGGCACUGCUGCACUCUUCAAUGCUAUCAACUGGGUGGAAUCCAGUUCCUGGGAUGGGCGCUAUGCACUUGUCGUUGCCGGUGACAUUGCUGUUUAUGCCACUGGAAAUGCUAGACCAACUGGAGGAGCUGGUGCUGUCGCUAUGCUUGUGGGUCCAAAUGCACCUCUUAUUUUUGAGAGAGGAUUGCGUGGGACCCACAUGCAGCAUGCCUAUGACUUCUAUAAGCCUGAUAUGGUAUCUGAAUAUCCUGUGGUUGAUGGGAAAUUAUCCAUACAAUGCUACCUCAGUGCAUUGGAUCGCUGCUACUCUGUGUAUCGCAAGAAGAUCCGGGCUCAGUGGCAAAAAGAGGGAACUGACAAAGAAUUCAAUCUGAAUGACUUUGGCUUCAUAAUUUUUCAUUCUCCAUACUGCAAACUUGUACAGAAAUCUGUAGCUCGUCUGUUGCUGAAUGACUUUCUUGCCGACAAGACACAUAUAAAUGAAAAUGGUAUCUACAAUGGACUUGAAGCUUUUGGAGAUGUAAAACUAGAGGACACAUACUUUGAUCGAGAUGUGGAGAAAGCUUUUAUGAAGGCCAGUGCUGAGCUCUUCAACCAAAAAACAAAAGCUUCCUUGCUUGUUUCUAAUCAAAAUGGAAAUAUGUACACACCUUCAGUCUAUGGCUGCCUUGCUUCCCUCCUAGCUCAGUACUCUCCUCAGCAGCUGGCAGGUCAGAGAAUUGGAGUUUUCUCUUAUGGUUCAGGAUUUGCUGCUACCCUCUACUCAAUCAAGGUUAGCCAAGAUGCAACUCCUGGCUCUUCCUUGGAUAAAAUAACAGCAACUUUGUCUGAUUUGAAAGCAAGGCUUGAUUCAAGGAAACGUAUCCCACCGGAAGUAUUUGCAGAAAACAUGAUGCUUAGACAAGAGACUCAUCAUUUAGCUAAUUAUAUCCCAAAAUGUUCUGUGGAUGAUCUGUACGAGGGAACUUGGUAUUUGGUGCGAGUGGAUGAGAAACACAGGAGAACGUACGCCCGUCGCCCGAUCCUGGGCGAUGGGCCAUUGGAAGCAGGAGUGGACGUUGUUCACAUGGGCCUUGCUCAUGAGCACAUCCCCAGCCCUGCUAAGAAAGUACCCAGAAUUCCUGGAAAAGCAGACUCCGAAGCAGUUGCUGUUUCCCUUUCCAAUGGAGAGCAUUAAGACACCUCUGUGAGGUGGAAGUUGAAAAGAUUAGGGGAGAGGUGGGGAUGUACACAGGAUUAAAUAUUUCUCACCUUUUGCUGUACAGUACUGCUUAAUUAGAGCAUGAGAAACUGUUACUCUUGAGGCUCUGUCUUUUGAUGCGGUUUGUUGACAUGUAGUUUUCAUAACACUAAAAAGUGCUUGUGCUUCCUGGAACAGAAAUUACUACAAGAGUGCUUUCUGGGAAAGGUAGUUUGUUUAUAAACAGUCAAGGUUCAGAACUAGGUACUUUAAUUUAGACUCGGGAAACCAUCAAUGGUAUUUUUCCUUCCCCCAAACCUCAUUUUAACAUUUUAAGAUCUCUGCAAAUGUUGUGAAAUUAUUGUUCAGCAAAGAAGUAUGACUUCUUUCUCAAGCUAUUAUUGAAAGAAGUUGAUGUGACCUAAAGUCAUGAGUGUGUGUCAGUCUUCAAAGUUAGGGUCCUAUGUGCCUUAACAAUCUAAGCACCCUGUCUCUUAAAUAUAAACUUAAUUCUAUCCCUCAAAAAACCCCAUCGGUGUGGGGAAGGUGCAGUUGAUUUGUUUUUCAAGGUGCUAUUAACUGGAGAAUUAUUUUCCAAUUGGUAUUACUAGUUCAAACCUAGUUGGAAAAAAAAGUGGAGGCCGGUGACCAUUGACAAUUGGGAUUUCAGUUUGUGUCUUAAGAACUACUUUUCUUCCCAUUCCUCAAUGACAUAAAGUCCAUUUUGCAGUACUAGCAAAGCUAAAGGAGCCUGUCCCCACUCUUGAAGUGCAAGGUUAUCCAAGAGCAGGUUUUGCAUGUUCAGCCUCCAAGGAACUUUUCAAAAGCUCAGCCUAAGAAUGGAUCGUUCCUGGAAUAGUUUGCUCCUGAAGUCUUUCAUGUUUGUGCUGGACAGUACAAUAACAGGAGUUGCUUUGAUCUGAUGUAUAUGUAGCAUCCUAUUUCAGGUUGAUUUGAAAUUCUGUUUCUGGUUAUGUAUGAAUUCCUGGAAGGCCAUCAACCGUCAAAGCACUUUUAAACCGUUAAAACAGUCAUAUACAGGUUGGAGCCCCGUUAGUUCAAUGCAGUCCUGUAGCUCUGUUUGGACUCAUUUGAUAAAACCACCUUGCUAGGUUGCCUGCUUGCCUAAGGCAUUGCAAACUGAGGGUGUUACCUGAAUACCCAACUGAACAUGACACAUGGCUUGUGUGUGCCAUUUAUUUGCAAGUUGUUCCCUUCUGUUGGCUUCCACAGACCUGCUUCAGAGCAGAUACUUUUUGACUAUUGCGAUUAUGCUUUAGCCAUUGUAAGCAUGUGCAUAGACAAAGCAUGGGCCAGCUUGGGCCCUCCAUGUGUUUUGGACUUCAACUCCCACAAUUCCUAACAGCCUGAGGCCCUUUCCUUUUUCCACCCCAGCCGCUUAAGCGGCUGGGGUGGAAAAAGGAAAGGGCCUCAGGCUGUUAGGAAUUGUGGGAGUUGAAGUCCAAAACACAUGGAGGGCCCAAGUUGGCCCAUGCCUGCUAUAGACUCUCUUGAGGAGAGUCCACUGACUAAUGGAUGGUCCUAGAUGAACUGGAAUUAAAAGCAAAACAGCUCUUGGCUUGUAAAAUACAACGCAUUGACACCAAACUCACACUCUGCCCUACUUUCAUUUUGCUUUAAAAUAUUUUAAAAAGCUUUGUCUGGAAAAAAAAACAAUUACAGGAAUUGGUACCCAUUAUGCUAGGUUACAAAACAGGGGGUUUGAUGUUCGAUAGUUUGUUUUUCAAAAGUACGUGACUAAUGUUUGACAGUUUCUGCAUCAGUUCAUCAUGUUGGACAUGCUUUGACUUAACUUGAAUGGAUAAACAAAUGGUCUCAGUGCUGUGGCUCCGUGUGACAAGCCUCAUGUCUGUCCACAUGAUGGAAGCAUAUCAAGUCCAUUGCAGGCAAUGGACACGGCAAGAACCAUUGCACAAAAAUGUAACCUUUAUAAACCUCAGUAUGAUGAGGCAUUUGCCUUGUAAAAUAAACGUUGAGCUGUUUGAACUA